AUAGUAAAAAGGGUCGUACGGACUUGAUAAAGAAUACUAGUGCAGUUGAACAAAUAAUGCCCUGCGAGGAGUUGAAGAAAGAUUGCACAAAUGCCAGCGAUGCAACGCAGUGCUCACAGCAGAAGGGCUUGUCUCCUAUUGGGUUAGCCUUAUUGGUGGACGUGCGAAAGAGAGGCUUAAACGUUAAUUUAAAGCCAAAGAAGAGCAAUUCGUCGAACAACUCGAUUGAUAUAUCGCUGAGUGAUCUUGAAAGCUCUACAGAUACAUACUUGAGUAGCACACCUACUUAUACGCCGAUUACGCUACAUACCAACGACCGUUUGAACCCUACAGAAAGAGUCAACUCGACAGAAUUAAUCGAAGAAGACGAGGAAGAAGAUGAUACUGAAAUUUCACAUCCACAACCCCAAUCGGAAGACGAAGCCAGUCCACAUGUGUGGCUUUCAUCCCUACCAUUCGCACGUAGAAAUAGGUUACAGGACCUUCGGUAUAGAUCGAUGUCACUCGCACGCACCACAUCUGGUCUAUGCCAUAGAAGCAAUGAGCUUGACCCAACAACUUCGUCUAAUGCCCUCGUUCGCUCAUAUUCCAACACAAGCGAUAGAUAAUCCAAUACAAAUGGAGAGACAAAAACGUUUAUCAGGAAGAUCGCGACCACACGAAUCUCAGGAUGUCCCAUUCACAAUGAUCGCGGGGAGGAGGUUAAACUAAGCGACAUUCUACGCAACACGUCCUUGAGCUCCAGGCAGGAUGGAAAUAAGGAACCAAAUACUCUUUUCCAAUUCCAUUAAUUUCAUGAUCUUGAGUAUCUACCGAGAAGACCGUGAUUAACAAGCUGAUAAAAGGAGUUAUGGCAACCUAGAACAACAUACGAAUGGCAAAAACGAAGCCACAGUUAUGACCCAAAAGGAGGUCACAUUGCACAUGGAAGAUUCUACUCACGAAAUAGUCUAGAACGUUCAGCAAGGGAUUGCAGAUUACAACACACCAGUAAAGACAGGCAGCUGACUGGUAAGGGAGUCGAAGUGAAUGACUCAGUAAUACGAUAGAAACGAA